UUGCUAAAUACUUCUAUUCUAUUGUGCUUUUGUAAAUAGACCAUACAAGUCAUCUUAUUAUCCUUAUAUUUCAUUUCAGAAAGUUUCGGAUAGUUUUGAUACUUGAAAAUAUUAGUACUGUGUCUGAGUUCGAUGCGUUAUGUGAGAGUGUAGAAAGCUUAACGAUGGAUAAUUUUAUGAAUAAUACAAUGAAUUCAAUCGAUUUAGCAGACUACUCAAAUAAAGUUUUAAAAGUGACCAAAAUGCUAUCCGGUUAUUUGGAAAAUAUUAAGAAAAACAAACAGUCAUACAAUGAUAUUUCAAUUGGUUCUAAUAAGCCUUCAGAAAUGAUUAAGAAAUUAAGUUUAAUCAAUUCAAAGACAACUUGGAAUAAAGAUGAUAAUAGCAAUGACAACAAUAAUCAUAACAGGCGCAAUCCAAAAACUUAUAGAAAUUAUAGUGUUUCUUAUAAACAUAAAGCCAGAAAUCAAACUAUUUCAACUGCCAACCAAACUAACCACAGUUUUCGACGUCAAAAUUUUCGAGCAAGAACAUCGUAUAAUAACAAUUACCAAAGGCAACAAAAUGAACGUUGGUAGCUUAUGUUGAAGAAGUCACUGACGUUAAAACUUACGUAAACAAAUCAACAAAUGCUGAAUUUAAGAUAAAAAAAUGUAUCUUGAAUAACACUGAUGGUUCUCUAAUUCAGUGUAAUAUGUUUAAUGAAAUUAUUGAUCUCUUUGAGACAAAAUUAAAAGUCGAUGAAAAAAUAUUAAUUCGUAAUGCUUCAGUUGUACCUGAAAAGAAGUUUACUAAGGGUAAUGUUCCUUUUGAAAUUAAUUUACAAACAUUUUCUACAAUCACAUCUUUUGGAGAAUUCAAGUGGAGAGAUUCUCCAAUUUUACAUAUUAAAUUUGAUGAAAUUCCAACAAAGAAAGGUCGCGUGAGACUUACAGGAUACAUCUACAAUGAAUUUGUUCUACAUAAUCAAAAUAACUCAAAUGAAUAUUUCGGAUCGAUUACGAAUAAAAAAAUAAAUUGGAUAUUUUAUUAUUGAAAUCUAAAGAUGAAGAACUAAAUUUUAAAUUGGGAGUAGAAAUUGAAGUAGUUGGUGAUUUACAGGAAAAUGGAAACAGUUUCUUAUUAAAAGUACAUAACAAAAACCAAAUUAAAAUUAUUAAUGACGUUCCAUUAGAUCUUAUUGAUCUUUUAAAUGGUUCUGAAAUAUUUAUCAAUGAGGAUAUCAAUAAUCAAGAUAUACCGAAAAAUUAAUUAAAUACUAUUACGUCAUUCCUGCAAAUUGUAAAAAGAGAAAAAUGGAACAAAUUAGGACGUAUUUUUUUAUAUACAAUGAUUUUAUAUAUUAACGAAUUCACUGUAUAUUUUCUUGAAGUUAUCUAAAUUUUGUAAACAAAUAUUAUGCUAAUUAACAUGGCAUUUUGUACUGAAGUGGCUUCGUAUUUCAAGAUUUUAGACUCCCACGUAAUUGUCAUCACUUUUUACAAUAAAUUUACUGUUGUCAAAAAAUGAA